AUGUCACAACAGAAGCAACAACUUCAGGAGCUCCCAUAUGCUCCCAAAUGUCCACCUCCCCAGUGCCCAGACCCCUGUCUGAAGACCUUCUCAUCUUACGGGAUUUCUUGUUCAGCAAGCUCUUCUUCACACUCCCAAAGGCCAGGGCUUCCGAACACUGCUGCACGCAGGAUAGUUCACCACCCACAGCCCCGCUGCCUCAGGGGCGGUACCACCUACCACUGCAAAGAGGAAGAGUGCUGA